GUUGGUAAGUACUUCUCGCCAUCAAGAACAAUAAACGCAGGCACCAGGCACCAGACGCCACACAGCACUCAACACCACCAAAUCGAACCAUAAGGCAACUUGAUUUAAUUCUAUUAGUGGCUUUUUGCCCGCAAAAACACCGCCAAGAUGUCGACCACGGUGGAGAAGAUCAAGCAAAUCGAGGAAGAAAUGGCCCGAACCCAAAAGAACAAGGCGACGUCGUUCCAUCUGGGUCAACUCAAAGCAAAACUCGCGAAGCUCAAGAAGGAACUCCUCACGCCCUCGGGCGGUGGCGGCGGUGGCGGCGCCGGCUUCGAUGUCGCCCGGACAGGUGUCGCGAGUGUCGGGUUCAUCGGGUUCCCCUCCGUAGGGAAGAGCACGCUGAUGAGCAGGCUGACGGGCCAGCACUCUGAGGCGGCGGCAUACGAGUUCACGACCCUGACGAGCGUGCCGGGCCAGGUCAUGUACAACGGCGCGCCGCUGCAGAUCAUCGACCUUCCGGGUAUCAUCGAGGGGGCCAAGGACGGCCGCGGGCGAGGGCGGCAGGUCAUCGCGGUGGCCAAGACGUGCCACCUGAUCUUCAUCGUGCUGGACGUCAACAAGCCGCUGACGGACAAGCGGGUCAUCGAGAACGAGCUCGAGGGCUUCGGGAUCCGGUGCAACAAGUCGCCGCCCAACAUCACGUUCAAGAAGAAGGACAAGGGCGGGCUCAACGUCACCAGCACGCUGCCGCUGACGCACAUUGACCACGACGAGAUCAAGGCCGUCAUGAACGAGUACAAGAUCUCGUCUGCCGACAUCGCCAUCCGGUGCGACGCCACCAUCGACGACCUGAUUGACGUCCUCGAGGCCAAGAGCCGGAGCUACAUCCCUGUUGUCUACGUGCUCAACAAGAUCGACGCCAUCAGCAUCGAGGAGCUGGACCUGUUGUACCGUAUCCCCAACGCGGUGCCCAUCAGCUCCGAACACGGGUGGAAUAUUGAUGAGCUGAUGGAGGUUAUGUGGGAUAAGCUGAAGUUGGUCCGGGUCUACACCAAGCCCCAUGGCAAGAUGCCUGACUACUCUGCACCUGUCGUGCUUCGUUCCACGAGGUGCACGGUGGAAGACUUCUGUAACGCUAUCCACCGGAGCAUAGUCGAACAGUUUAAAACGGCCAUCGUGUACGGAAAGUCUGUCAAGCAUCAGCCCCAGCGGGUGGGUCUGGCGCACGAGCUUGCGGAUGAAGACAUCGUCACGAUCCAGAAGCGAUGAUUUGUUGUCUCGGCGACAAAUUUCUAACGGAGCCACAAGGGCUCCAGCCGGACUGUCAACCGCCUGCUGCCGGUCGUCCGCCCCCUACGCGAGAUAGACGCGACUCGCCGUGGGGGGCAAGGACCGUUGCGCUUAGACGGGGUCAUCUUUGACAGCGAUCGUACUCGCCAAUUUCGGGGAAUUUCAGGUUCAAGGUCGGGUGGAGACGAGUCGCCAUAAAGCUAAUCCCAAACACUCCUGUCCCUGCAACGAAACCUGACCGUUGGCGGCUCUGUGUGGGCAUUCGAUCGCAUCCGCCAGCGCGGCCGGGGACCGACAAAAGCAACGAGACUCCACAGCUGAGCUUUGAAACGAGGGAAACGCCUGCACGACGUGAGACUUUAUCAAUCAGAUGCUGGCAGACGCUGGCGGCAUGCUACUUUGUCGAAACCGGCAAGGACGACGAGGCCACAAGGCCCCAGGGGAACGUUCCUUUGGAGUGGGGAUCGAUAAAAAUGAAUUCAAGAUUCGCAAAGCUUUACGUUGUUUGCUCACCUUCCCUGACCUUACUUCCCAGCCAUGUUUUUUUGCCUCCCCGGUGUUACAUUGUUGGACAUCUAACUUCCCCUUCGAUUCCUGCGUCUUGUUGUAGCGGCCUCCUAAGACCCCCCAGAGCGCGGGAACGGCAUCCGAAGUCUGAUACUGGGAGACCAGACGGAUUUGGGCGCAGCUCAUGAUUCCGUCUCAACACGCGAUCUGCUCCUCGGCCGGCAUGUGCUCCUUGCCUUGCCAGUGGGCAAGCAUCAGCAGUGUUCAAGCAUCAAGGAUGUUUCCUCCGUUCUUGGUCAUGCACGCAUAUUAGAGCCAGCGGCGUCUGCUGCUCUAAUGAUUGCUAUCGCAUAUGGGCGUGGGCCCUUCCUCUUGGGACUUUUAACACACACAGUGGCCAGGCGCAGUCGGCCCUGUGAAUCGAGCAUCAAGGGGUGUCUCUUUGACUUCAUGCGCGCAGAUCGGAGCCAGAGCAGCGUCUGAUGCUUUGAUGAUGAUGCUCAUACUGAUGGACAAUGCCGACGGGCGCAGGGCCUUCCUUCUCCUGGGAGAGGUUCAACACACCCACUCGAUCGACCAAGACUGGGCAACCUCGACGGCAAGACGGGGAUGCCAUUCCGGUUUCUUGUUACACUUCUCCACGCUGGAGCAGGAUGGUUCUGCGCGAUGAUACCGCGGGCACCGAGCUGCCGUCCACUUGCGCUACGCGGCCUACGGGAUUGUCGUCUGGGCGAAGGAGCCAUCGCUCUGGCCGCCUCAGAGUCUUCGGAAAUACUGUGUACGACCCCCAAGCAAGGGGCUUCAGCUGUCCUCUCUCUCUGCCCGCCUCAGUGUUUUUGUUAUUCCUGAACACGGUCCCCGGCCCCUGGGGGUAAUUCAGCCAGCCUCUCGGACCACCGUCAUGCCUGUGAGCCGCCUGUAGUCGACUGGCUUUCCGUGGCCAGAAAUAGACUCAGGGGCAUGAAGUCAACUCAUCUUCUCACGGGUGCGCGAUACUAGAAUAGCCCAGAGGAGGAAUCAUGUCCUGGUGUGAAUCAAGAUCACGCCGGGAAAUCAGAACAGACGAAAAAACCCUGCCGAGGAUUUGCAGCCGGCAACGGCGACGGCUCGAUCAUGAUGGCAGCAGGGACAGGUAAAGCUUGGGGAAGGCCCAGAGGUCGUCUCCACACACCAUUCGGAAUGUUUCGACCAAUGAGACCGAUAGCCGGCUCUCGCUUGUAGGAGCUCUGCUCACUGCCUACACCACCGGCGGAUUUGGCCUUUCACAGGGAACCUCUUACCGCCGCAGUUGAGCUGCACGGCCUGAGUACCUCGCAUGAGUGGUCGUCUCCUCACGUCAGAGGCGGGGGAGAGGAGACCGCAAGUUCUGGGCUCUGACCCUGCCUCCCCUGUCAGCCCGCCCGCGGCGUUCCUCGAUCCGCUCGUCACCAGCUUCGACGAGCCGUCAGCCUCAGUUUUUUUGUUCAUUUUCAUUUUCAUUUUACCACACUAGCCGCGAUGGCAUACCCGCAACGAUAACGCGCGUCUCGGAGCUUUCACCCUAAGCUAGGCGAAUUACUGGAAACGGCCAUGGCUGGGUGCUCGGGCCCCGGCCUCCUCUCAGCCGUAGCAAUGGAGAGAAGGAGGUUAUUAAACGUCGACGCGUGGGUGUAAUGCACUCGCGUGUCCGCAUAUGUCUGUGUGUGUGCCUGGCUGGACCUAAUAGAAUCCACAGAGUCCGUCUCG